CACGUUUUGAUGUGAAGGUGCAACACGUUGGAUCUGGCCGAAAGCGUUCGACACGGAGCCAAUAUUUAAACGCCCAGGAGCCGUUAUCCAUCUUUUCAAUAGACUGAGCGGAUCGCAAGCGAAAAGAUGUCUGAUAGCUACAACUCCACAGACACGACAGGUGCAGUAGACACAAGGAGUCCAUAUUCACAGCAGGCACUUCAAGGUCGACCGCGUAACGUGGUACUCUAUGGGGAGAGUGGGGUAGGCAAAAGCUCGCUCAUAAACCUUAUCAUGGGUCGUGAUGCAGCGAAAACAUCUCCUGAUGCCCUCGCGUGUACAACUACACAUGUUCCUUAUGAUGUGACGAUCAGCGGACAACGCUUCAGGCUGUGGGAUACAGCAGGGUUAAAUGAAGGCUCAGAAGGCACAGUGCCUGCGGUGAUAGCUGAAAGGAACUUGACUACAUUCCUCCGAGGUCUAAACCAGGAAGAUGGUGUCCAUCUUCUUAUAUACUGUGUGCGCGGAACGCGAGCAACAAAGGCUCUGCAGACUCACUACAAGAUAUUAUCGGCAGUUGUCCGUGAUAGCAAAGUACCCACUAUUAUGGUGGUGACGUGCCUGGAAGACUUUCGUCCUGUGAUGGCAGAGUGGUGGAAUAAGAACAGGGACGAGCUUGCGACGUAUGGAAUGCAAUUCUCUGGAUAUGCAUGUGUCACGACUUUGAAGGAUGAACACACGGAGUCUUCGGAUAUUCACGAACGUCGUGCACAGUCCUACAAAGACGUCUGCAGAACCAUCCUCGAACAUUGUUCGCAGACCCCUCACAAGGCGUGGGGCACUGAUCCUAUCAAAGAUCAGCGAAGCUUUCUCGCGAUUUUGUUGCAGAAAUUAGCUCGUUUUGUUGGAGGAGCCCACCGUGAUCAAGAUGCUUGAAGGCAUCUUUGCCGUAGCUAACUUUUGUAUAGAUGGUUUAUGUGGAGUGAAAUGCAUU